AAACCGUCGUCUGUUUUGCCGUGCUUGGACGUCCAUCCCUCUGUCCGUUUGUGCAAUGUCUGUUUUGGUUACGUCGCCUGCAUAGCAACAAUCACGAAUGUACCACUUUGUCUUUUUCUGUUAUCCCCUGGUUAUAUUUUUACGUCAGUUUGA